AUGCAUCAUCAUUACACAGACUAUAUAGGUUACUCAGACUCUGAGGCUGGUGGUCGCAACUAUGAUGCCAACGAUAAUGAGAAUGAAGAGUUGGAGAUCGAUGACAACCUACCAAUCAUUGAUAAGAUACAGAAAUAUAUAAAGAGCGAUAUAGUCAUUCAAAGACUCUAUGUCGUAAGAGAGUUCUCCGAGGUAUUAAAGGUAAAGCAGGAGGAUAGGUUCAACUCAUUGGACAUGUUGCUGCGCAUCAUCGAGGAGGUGGUCGUGACAGAUCACGAGGCAGUUAUUAGACAGGCACUGGUCGAGCAGAUCCCCUUGGUCUCUGAGGGCUUCCUGAAGGAGGGCGGCGACGCUGGCUACAACAAGGUGUUGCACUCGCUGAUACCCAUCGUUGCACAACUGACCACUGAUCGCAGUCCACAAGUAAGAAUGUCUGCCGUCGAGUCCCUCCAAGAGAUGGCCCGACUGAUCAAGCACAGUGACCUUGAGCCCCACCUACUACCCUUUGUCAAGAGUCUUGUCAAUGACUCUACUGAGGAGGAGCAUCGUGUACAAGCUGCCAAUCUCUUCCACAACCUAGCACCAGUGUUGGGACAGCAGCUAACCAAGCAGAUAUUCCUUCCAUUUGUUAUCAAGCUGUCCAAUGACACUUCGUUCAGAGUCAGGAAGGCAAUCGCUGGUAACCUUGGUAACAUUUGCCAAACAAUCGGUGUAGAGGCAACAACUGAGCACAUUCUACCUACAUUCAUCGCCCUGUCUAAGGAUGAUAUAUGGUCUGUCCGCAAGGGAUGUGCAGAGGUAUUGGUGUCCGUCAGUCAGAAUGUGACGCCAAUCGAGAGGUAUUCAAAGUUGAUCCAGGUGUUUGAAUCAUUCGUAGUACAAGAUCCAUCACGAUGGGUUAACAACACAGCAUUCCAGAAUCUUGGACCAUUCAUCGCCACGUUCGAUGGCUCACAGGUGACACCAAAGCUGCUAAAGUACUUCACAGAGAUGAUCUCACCAUCGAGCAACAGAUUCCCAGACAGCGACCUCGUGACACACUGCGCUUUCAACUUCCCAGCCGUCCUUUAUACCGUUGGUAGUUCAAGAUGGUCAGAGUUGUCCGAGACCUACUUCUCAUUGGUUAACGAUACGAAUUGGAAGGUUAGGAGAUCACUAUCUCACUCACUCCAUGAGAUUGCCAAGAUACUUGGACCAGCUGAGACUAAGAGUUCAUUGUUGAACACGUUCAACCUGUUCCUUCAGGACUUGGACGAGGUCAAGGUUGGUGUCGUCCGACACUUUGCCCAGUUCCUAGAGAGUGUAGAGCCAUCACUACGCGAGAACUACAUCCAAAUACUCAAUGGCUUUGUAAGCGACCCAAGCAAAUGGAGGUUCAGGAAGUUAAUAUCAAAGCAACUUGGAAAUAUAUGCGAUCUGUUUAGUCUGAAGACUACGCUCACCAACAUUGCACCACUGAUCAUCACUCUGUUGAAUGACUCUGUGUCCAAGGUCAGAAACUACGCUGCCAGUGGCGUAGGAACACUCAUCUCAAAGAUCAACUCGACUUCAUCAAUCAAUGGCAACAUUAACAACAAUAACAAUAACAAUAGCGACACCAACUCUUCUACUGCCGCCGCACACGAGGACCUAAGUGCCAUGGGCCUGGACAUCCUCCAGAAGAUCAAAUCGUUCUCAAGCGAUGCAACAUACUCAAGUAGACAGAUAUUCAUCAAGAUGUGCGCCUACUUGGUGGACCAGAUCGAUAUACAACUCUUUGAAACACAUUUCUUGCCUUUGCUCAUUCAGCUUGCGAAUGAUCCAGUACCAAAUGUUAGAUUGGUCGCGGCGGAUGUCCUGGCGACAAAGAUUGUCACAAAGGAUGCCUUUGCCAAGAAUGCAGAGAUCACAACUACUUUGGCAAGACUCCACAACGACACAGACACAGAUGUCGUUUAUUGCAGCAACAGUAGUAUCCAACCUUCAUCAACAACAACAACAUCAAACUCAAGUACAGACAAAACAACAACAACAGAAUCAGGAGCAGUGGAUACGACUUCUACUUCUACCUCUUCAUCUACCUCUACUUCCUCUUCAUCCUCAUCUUCGAACACCUCUGAACCACAACAACAACAGCCGCCCGCUACUGUCCAAGUGGAGAGCACCAUCUAA